UGAUCAAGAUUUUAAAUUAUACAAGUAUCUCUAAGUUGAGUAUUUUUUACAAAAUAGUAAAUAUUUUAAAGUGAUUUUUAUUUCAUAGAUUUGGAGUUUGAAACCAUAAUGUACUUCUAAGUUCUAUCUAUUAGUGUUCUUUGUGGCUUCUUAACAAUCACUACUGCAAAUUACACAAAAGAAAAUAAAUUACUGCCAGGAAUAAAUAAAACACGGAUUACACACAUUACCAAGUGUUGAUUUAGUUUCUUCAAUGUUUCAUUAUUAAUCGGAAAUUAAAAUAAUCAUUACUCCUACAUCUCUUUUAGUUUGCUACAGAUUGUGGCAUUUCGUGACAUGUUGUAAGGGGAAAUGUUACUCUCUGUAGCAAACUCAAAGAGAUGGAAGGGUGCACAUUACUAAUUGUUCCAAUAGCAAUUAGCAUUAUUCAUGUAAUUAUAAUUGAUUGAGGGUUUUUAGAAGUUACUUCUACUUAUAAUAGAUGAACUAGGUUAAUGAUCAUAUUAUUGUUUGUCUAUCAAGAGAGAUCUAAAUGUAAAAUUAUUUUGCAGAAAUAUUUACCAUUUUUUCUUAUUUAAAAAAUAUCUGCCAUCUAUCCAGAGUUUGGCUGCAUCUAAUGCUACUACCACCGUGCAAGCAAAAAAUUGUAAAAAGGCCUGAAAUUUCAUAGGUACUUCAUGCUUUCAUGGAAAAAUGAGCAUUAAAAAAUAGGGUAAAUGAUAGAGGAAUUAUAGCUGAAAUUCUUUUUUGGGUGUUCAAAUCAAGAUACUAGUUAACCAUUUUAGUCUGUUAAAUUAAUGAUAAGUUCAUUGGACUAAGUAGAUUUUUGACAAUGUUUGAGACACUCUUUGCUAUUUGAUUGGCCAUUUAUUUCUUGCUGAUUUUUUUUCUGCUGUGAAAAAAGAAUUUUAUGAUGGAACAUUUACUGUUGAGAAUUCAAGAAAGUACUACUUCAAAUCAGGGGCAUUCUAGUCAAUCCUGUAGGUUUAUUAUUACGAUAUACUUUGGCAAUUGUCAUAGAUAGUAAAGAUACAGAAUGUGGUCCAGUUAAUAUUGUUAGCAUCUGAAAGAAAAGGUUGUUCCUUGCUCUGUUUUCUUAACCAUCAGGCCACUAUUCAUAAGAACACACUCUACCUCUGUCUCUGAGAGUCCCACUUAUGCUUUUUUGUGCUAUCUUUUGAGCUUCUUUAACGAAUUUUUACUUCUUAUCUCUUCCCCCUUGUGACCUGCUUCUUACAUAAUUCACCCAUAAUCUCUCUCUCUCUCUCUCUCUCUCUCUCUCUCUCUCUCUCUUCCCCAUUCCUCCAUACUUAGGUUUCUCAGUGGGGCUAAGUUUUCCUUUUGAACUUUAUGUGGGUGUACUUUAUUUGAUUUAGCUGACUUUCUGAUUCUCAAUGCAAAACCCAUUCACUAUUAGAUUGUGAUCUUGAGUUUUGUGCCCCAUAACCUUAAGAUUUCUCUUCAAGUAUAAAAAGGAAGUAGAAUUUUAUUUUUCUGUAUGCCCAAUUAUUGCAAUCCUCAUUUUGAGAAUAGCUUAUUGAGGUUAAUCUAGAUGGGGUUUUUCAUUGCCAAAGAUUAAAUUCUCUUAAUUUGGCUCUUAAAAGCUCCUCUUUUCCAGUGGCAGUACAGGAGGGAAAUUAGUUUUCAGUGAAUCUGCUUCCUAAAUCCUUGUAGAUUUGACUUCCUAAAGCUCCCCGAACCUCAUGAGGAUUAAAGAGUUUCCUUAACUCUAUUAGCUCCAAGCUAUUAUUAAAUCGGGACUGUUUGAUUGGGUUUUGGGCAGGGUAUAUUUUAAAAAUGAGCUCCUGCUUGUGUGGAGGUGGAAGGACAGCCUAUACAAUAGACCUUGACAUCAUUAAAUCUCCUUCAACUUCAUUUCAAACAUCUCAUUCUUCAUCACCUUCUUCAACUAUAUCUGAAUCGAGCAAUUCCCCCUUUACCAUCUCAACUCGAAGAUCACGGACUCCUCGAAAGCGCCCCAAUCAGACCUACAAUGAGGCAGCUGCUCUGCUCUCUACCGCCUAUCCAAACAUCUUCUGUGCCAAGGAUAUUUCUAUGCCUUGCAAAUUCAUCAAACCUCAUGAAUAUUCUUCGUUUUCAUUUGAAGAAGGCUCUUCGGAAUUGCUCCUACCAUUCCCAGUUGAAAAACCAGCUUUCCAGAUAGAUUCUACUGCCUAUGAAAAGCCAUGUUCCAAUGAUACAGAAGAAACCUGUUGUCAAACGAAUUCCUCUAAUCUAAGUGACGAUCAUGAAGAUUUUGACGCAGAAUCUAUGCUUGAUGAGGAAAUUGGAGAGGGUGUUAUAGAUAGCAUUAUGGGAAAUUUGAAUGUGUGUUCAGAAGGGGAAUCCACUACUUCCUUCAAUGGUGCUGUUGUUGGCCCUGUUAGUUUUUGUUAUGGGUAUCCUGUGGGGUUAGGAUUAGGAUUAGGAUUAGGUUUAGGGGGGGGAUUUGAUUUUGGACAUGGAUUGAUGAGAGGAGGAAUAUCCAAGCCAUUUAGACAAAACGAUGAGGGAGACUGGUGGAGAUUUCCGGCUGUUAAUGUUGGUGAAAUUUCACCAAGAUUCGACAAGCCCUUGCAAGAAGAAAAGAAGAAAAAAUUGGACAAAUUAAACCUUAAGCUCUCCUCUUUAAACCCCAAGAAGGAUAAUGCUGUGCCAAUUCCCAAGUCUACUUCAUCCUCCAGCAAGGAAAAUUCAACCUCAAAUCCUAAAUCUAGUUCAACUUCUGGCAUGGAAGAUUCUGCUUCAACUUCUAAAUCAAGCCCUGGGGUGCUCUUAAAACUAAAUUACGAUGAGGUGUUAAAUGCCUGGUCUAAUAAGGGCUCACCCUUUUCAGACGACAUUCUGGGCUCCGAAUUUUCUGGAGGUGAUGUAUUGGCAAGGUUGGCACAAAUAGAUCUAUUUGGUGAGUCUGGAGCCUUGAGAGAAGCAAGUGUUCAGCGAUACAAGGAGAAAAGGCGAUCACGCUUCUUCUCAAAAAAGAUUAGGUACCAAGUCAGAAAGGUUAAUGCGGAUCAACGACCCAGAAUGAAGGGACGAUUUGUUAGAAGGCCUAAUUCAUCUGGGAGUGAAGAAAUAAAGUAGUAAUAAUUUUUAGAAGGCCUCUCUUUCCUUUAUAGUUUUUUUCUUCACAGGAAGUUACACUUUUGUUAUAUUUUUUGUCUAAGAUCUACACACUAAACUUUAGUCAGGGUUAGGUUACACAUAACAGGGAUGAUUAAAGAGUUUGUGUUAUUAUUCCCUCUUUUUUGUAGUCUAAAUCAAUGGUUAUCCCCCUUCCUGCUUUGUAUCUUUUGUACUUAAGCAGCUUCCAUCAAUAAGAUUAUUAUGUUGGUGGCAA